AUGUCAACUAAACUUGACUCCGCUUCUAUCGCGCGUCUUUCUCUACAUGACCCCAGCCACUUUAGCAUCCAACACUCCCAAACCCUCCACCGCCUGAAACUCCUGCAGCAUUGGAAAAUCCCCACAGGCUCUAAAGUUCUGGAAUUAGGAUGCGGACAAGGGGACAGUACGACUGCGCUUGCAUGUGCUUUGGGUGACCAGGGAAAGGUGGUGGCAGUCGAUCCAGCAGAAUUGGACUAUGGUUCACCCUAUACUCUGGGCCAAGCGCAGGAUCACAUUUCGCAGGGUCCGCUAGGCAGUCAAAUCACUUGGGUCCAAAAAACUCCUAUAGACUACCUCUCCUCACUCCCCUCUCCUUCUACCACCUCCUUGCCGUCCCAUAGCGACAGCAAAGUGUUUGACGCAACAGUUCUCGCACACUGCUUAUGGUACUUUUCCUCACCCUCGCUUAUCCUUUCUACCUUCCGUGCCCUCAAGCAGCACAGCAAACGUCUCCACCUUGCUGAGUGGUCAUUGGUAGCCACGCAUCCCUCUGCCCAGCCUCACGUACUAGCUGCGCUCACCCAGGCAGCACUGGAGUGCCGUAAAUCCGAAAGCAUCUCAAACGUCCGCACGGUGCUGGGACCGAAACGGCUUACAGAGCUGGCUCUGGCCGCCGGAUGGCAGCUGGAGAAUGAGGUUCGCGUCCAGGGGGAAGAGGGGUUGUUGGACGGCCAGUGGGAAGUCUCUGCUUGUCUUGCUUCCUCUUUUGAAAAGGAAGUGGAGGAACAAGUGGGUGAUGAGAGGGAGCGGGGAGUGGUUCUUGCAUUACGGGAUGCGUGUGAGGCAAGCUUGGACGGUGUGCAAGGAGGUCGGAAAGAAGUCAAGGUCAUGGAUGUUUGGGUUGCUAGUUUCAUCUGA